AGUAUCAAUUCCAGCGUAUCUACCAUCUCCAACCAUCGUGGCGAGCUUGGAUAGUCCUGGCCUGAGUGAUGACCUGGAUCUCACCUGCCAGGGUUCAACAUGGAAUGGGGAUUAUCAAAUUUCAUGGCUGAAGAAUGGCAUGCGGAUUCUCCGCACCGGACUCACGAUCUCGCUCAACUCUCUAUCGGAAGAAGACCACGGUUACUACGUCUGCGAAAUAACAUAUUACCAUGGCACAGCAAACAGUUAUGAGAAUAGCACGCGGAGAAUGUCGGUUCCUUACAUAUUACCUUUGAGGCAGCCAUUGAUGCCAUGGCUGACAUUUUCUCCGGACAAGGACCCUUUCAGUAACAUAGAGGUCAUCAAUCAAAUGUUUACUGAAGACCAGGACAUCCACGUGAUAUGCCGAGGCUCCUUCGUCGUAGGAAUAGACAGUUGGAUGAGAUCGUACAUUAAAGACCUUCCAAUUCCUGGCAGAACAUUCAGCUUUUUCCUAAAUGGCAAGCUGGUCGCCUCUGGAGAUAAAGACGGUCAACGGCAUUUUGGAACUCUAGCAAAAGGAGCAUACAACUAUACAUGUGUUGUAAAUGACAGGGUCGGGAAUUCUUCAAUGAGCUGGCCUCUUCUAGUAGACAUAAGAGAUGCGCCAGUCAUCAAAACUGACCCAGAGACCAUUCCUUUGAACAUCACUGGUUUAAACAUCACGCUCACCUGCCAAGGAACAGAAAACUCAACUGGAUAUGACAUCCGGUGGAGAAAGAAUAAAAAACCUAUCGCGGAGACCCGAACGAAUUUGGAGCUCAACUUGGUAUCCAAGUACGACGAGGGCUUUUACACAUGUGAACAACAAAUGGAAGACUGGACCCUCCCACGCAGUGCUAGCUUCCCGUUGAGACCUUCUGGAAGACCCCCAAUGCCUUUUAUCUUCACCACCUGGUCACAGACAGUGGAAGUGGACCAUACACUGAUCCUACAUUGUCAAGGCGUAGGUGCAACAUCUACCCAAGCUACACUGCUUCGCUGGGACAAUGCCACCAAUGGGUACUCCCCAGUCGCCCAGUCUACUAAACCAGAACUGGAUGAUGUUGGACAGAUCCUUUUCAAUUUUGAAGUGAAAUACGUCUCGAUGAACCACAGUGGAGACUACGUUUGCACCAUGCAGAGUGGUGGCGGUGAAUCUGAACCAAGUGACCCUAUUGCCAUCACUGUCGUGGACCUAAUAGGCUGUGCCCCGGGUACAUAUGAAACGGAAGUGGGUAUUGGCUGCAGGUCAUGUCCUGUGGGUACCUACCAAAGUAUUUACGGGCAGACAGACUGUGAGCCUUGCCCUGGGGACCUGUUCACUCUUGGUCCGAGAGCUACAGACAUGACACAGUGCAUUGAAAUUCCCCCAGAAAAGCGAAUCUAUUUCCGACUUACAGUUGAAAUGGAGUACAAUGAAAUGUUAGAAGAUGAAGUAACAGAAGCGUCCUAUAACAUAAUUCGCAUGAGCCUUCCUAGGGUUUGGCGGUUCUUGGGCUUCCAGUCUCACAGCUACCAUGACGAUGGAGGUGUCUCAGAAAGGUGAGCUUGUACUUUAAACUGUAUCGGGAAUUGACAACAACAAUAGAGGGGUGUUGUAAUAUGCAUAUAUAGCCCAAAUAAACAAACUCGUUAGAUUUCUUUCUAAAUGAUCCUGAUGUUAGCUAAAAUUUUGAAAGCUGAGUGUUUAUGCCAACAAAGAAUAUGUUUUUUAUAUUUCAUAAUCCGUAUCUUUUAGGAAAGAUUUCACAUUACCAAUAACAUAGAAGGGGAGGGGUUGAAGUGUUACAAGUAAUUCGUCUCCCGAAUUAUUCGAUGGCUUACAUUUUUUUCUGGUAAGGAAAACAUUUCUUUUUUUUUUCUGUGUUGGUGAUGAGAAAAUAGAUUUUUGCAAUAUUUUUUAAAGAAUUAUUAUUCUUUUUUUAUCUCUUCCUCUGUCAUCUCAACUCAACUCACCCACUUACCUCUCCGCACCUCAGUUCACUACCAAGCGAGAAUUUAACUCUUUGCGUCGGCAAUUAUUUUCCUCUAACCUUCCCUAAACGCCGGAAUUAAUUUUUCCUGAGGUGCCUAUUACAAUAGGGUACCUUGUUCAAAUUGAUUCUGUUGCCAUAUUUUUUCAAUAAAAGUAUAUAUAUUUGAUAUUACUGGAAAGGUAAUUGAAUAAGCUAUCACGAUCGAUGGGUUGCAUGUUUUUUGUGUUAUUAUGUAAGAGCAGUUACGUAACAAAGGGGAUAGUAUCUGAAAAAAUAAUUAAAUUGGCGAGUUUU